CGCCGUCAUUUAAUUGGACACCGUCAAGUUACGCCCAGUUGUUCGUUAGACGCCGCGCGGAACAGUCACGGAACUCGACGAGGCUAUAUAACUGCCGUUCUUUCACGUUGUACCAGUCAAUCUAAAAUGCAUCAAGAUGAUAGCUAAACUUAUUUUCAUCACCAAAAUCGAAGUUGUCGCGUUGUUCUUCGAACCUAACCAUCCUAAACGCUUCUUCAAGUACAGUUGACCAUAAUUGCCAUCCGUUCCGUGGUUUCUUCGGUGCGGACUUUAAUCAGCCUGUAAAGAGUUUUAAAAGUUAGUAUAUUACACUGUGACACAAAAGUUAAGUUCUUUAAUCACCAAUGUGCAAUUAUAAAAUUCAUUUACAUGGAAAAUCUAAGUGUUUUGCUCAGUUUGACGUAAAUCGAUUUUAAAAGCGAAUUUCUCGAAAAACUAUUGGUUAAAAACUUCAGCGAAAUUGCGAAAUUAACAUUUUAUAGUGAUUAGUUAAAGUUAAAAAAAUUACAGUCCAAAGUGGUUAGUUCGAAUUAAAAAGUUUAAAAACUGUCCCACACAUCCCCAUUAUAAAUUUCGUUGACAAAAAGGCUACCUAGCUUUAACAAAAUUUGAAAGCAUCAUCAAGUAUCCACUCGGAGUUUCAAAGAUGGAUGGGCCAAAGUACACUCGAAUCCACUCGUAUGGAAGCAUGAGCUCCACCCGAAGCGAUGAUGAUAUGACUGUCCACAGCCAACUGUUCCCUUAUCCGAAGAAGAUGAUAGUGCCAAGGGAGAUUCUUUACGAGGAAGAGAAUCCACCGUUCCAGCCCCUACUUGCUACUAGCAGGAUUUUCGGAAAAGCUCGCUUCACUUGUCUUCUCUGCAUGUACAUCAUGUUCUACAUAGCCUACUUGGUUACUGGGGCUCUGGUGUUCUCUGCUCUGGAGACCCCUAUGGAGAACCAGGUCGUGUUGGAUGUGAUUCGCACCAAACAGGAAUUCAUGCUGAAAUAUCCAGCAGUUGUGGAUGAGGAUUUGGAGACGUUACUGGACGAGGUGAUCCGUGCUAGCAACCGCGGCGUUUCUGCCUCGCGCAACGUGAGCGGUGGCCCAAACUGGACCUUCGGACAGUCGCUGUUCUUCUCUUCCACUGUGGUCACUACCAUCGGCUAUGGUCAUGUAACGCCACUCUCCAAGCCAGGGAAGCUGUUCUGCAUGGUGUACGCGCUGCUCGGCAUCCCACUGACGCUGGUGCUGCUGUCUGCGCUGGUGGAGCGUUUGCUGCUGCCUGCCACGUCUUUGCUGCGCUCCCUCAACGCUGCCCUGGGACAUCUCUACCGACCCUUUACCAUACGCCUUGUGCACCUCAUGAUUAUAGUGUCGAUCCUGGUAGUGUUCUUCCUGCUGCUCCCUGCUGCUGCGUUCGCGGCGCUGGAGCCGGAGUGGGACUACCUGGACUCGUUCUACUACUGCUUCAUAUCGCUCACCACCAUCGGCCUGGGCGACUACAUCCCCGGAGACUACCCCGGCCAGCCCUACCGACCUGUCUACAAAGUUGCCGCCACCUUCUAUUUGAUCAUUGGACUAACCUUCCUGAUGUUGACUCUGACGGUGUUCUACGACAUUCCUCAACUGAAUCUCAGCACGGUCUUCUCUUCAAUGAAGCUUGACGAGGAUCCAGAGAAGAUGCGUUUAAGCGGUUCCGGAGUGAUGGGUCCUGGCUACGGUAUUGGAGGAUUGGUGAUGAGGGAUGACUACCAUCAUCACGACCAACGCCGCUCAGUUGUGCACAUCAGACCACAUCAAGAUGACAGCCCGAGCCCCGAGGACACCACGCCAGUCCAUGCGAGGGAUAUUCGAGUGCACUAAAGCUUCUAAACUUUGACCAGCUUAAAUUUUUAUUUUUGUUUUUUAGUAACUUCCUAUGUUCCAACAGAGUAAAAUUCACUUACGAUUGAAAGCCAUCUAUCAUAUUUUUUAUUAAUUAAUAUAAUUUACAUACAACUAAUGUGACGUCUUGGUUUUGAUGGGCAUGUCAUAAGUUCAGGGUGUUUAGAAAUAUUAUUAAUAGUAGAAUUUAAAAAUAUAUCAAUAAAAUACUAUAUUGUGUCUACCAAUAUUAUUUCUAUUAGAGUAGAUGAAAAGUGUAUUAAAGUAUAAAUGAUUUAUAUAGAAAUAUUUGUGUAAAGAAUACACUUGCUGCAUUGUUAGUUUUAGACUUCUAGAAUUGUCAGUUGGUUAUUUACUACCAAAACUCUGUUUUCUUUCAUCGCAUCUUUACAAUUAUUAGGUGUGUUUAAACUUUAAAUGAAGGAAAAAUACUAAUAACUUGCAUGUAAUAAAAUCAUAUAGAUAUAUAAACAUAUCUGUAAUGGCAUGAAUUUUCAUAUGAUUUUCCCUAUUAUUAAUCCAUACUUUAUUGAAAUUUGAUUUCCUUAAAAUAACAUUCCUCAAGAACGAUCUAACUAAAAUCGUUUGUUCACCAAGUCAAAAAUAUCUAUUUUUCUUAAAAAAUUUAGAUAGCCGCAUGCAUAUUAUUAUCAUAAUUACGUGUAAAAAAAGAAUUAAGUAAAAAGUUAAACAGUUUAACAUUCAAAAACGCAGUCACCUUACAACUCAAACAUGUAAGUAUUUUUAUCAUCCAAUCGGUGAAAAAUACGUAAUAUAAAAUUGCGCUAUUCUAUUCUUUAUUAGCGACCAUUCUAUACAUAUUAUUUUUGAAAUUAUUUGUGUCACAAAAAUACUUUACUUGUUUUAAAAAUCGAACUUUUUCGAUCGAGUUCGUCAAAAGACUGAGGAGGUUUUCAGAUUUUCUCACUUUUCUACCUAAUUCAAUAUAUUAUAUAGGUUUCUAUUGAAAAACGUAUACCUAGUAGUAAAUAUCAAUUUUAUAGAAUAAAUUAAACACGAACAGACUGAAGAACAUGUCCCUCUGCAUCUACUGUAUACGUAAAUAUCUAGUAUGAACUUAUCUAAAAUGACUGCAUAUCAAAAUAUUAGAAUCCAUACAAGGUCUUCAGCCCACGUACCUAUUAAUGUACUAAACAAGAUGUCGAUAAUUAGAUUAAGUAAAGGAAAUUUAUUUAAUUUCUUGAUUAAUAUUAAAAAAAAAUACUUUUAGCCCUAUGACCUAGAUACGUAUCAAUAAUUGUGUGACAGCCAUACAUUAAAUACAAUUUGCAUGCACAUACCUAUUAUAAUAAUUAUGUUAGCGUUUUUAGAAAUAUAUAACAUAGUACGCCUAUGUGUUGAUGUUUUUGAUGUUUAUUAGAAAUAUAUCUUAAGCGUAAAUGAAAAUAUAACAGAAAAAUAAUAUUAUAAUAUAGAAAAUUAAAAAUCUUACUAUUUUGCUAUGUAUUAUUUAUGUAUGUAUUGUAUGUAUUAUUUUAUGUUAGCAAAAUUUCUUUAAUUUUUUUUAUUAAAUUAGGCGAUAGUUUCACUAUAUUUUUUUUCUUCAAAACAUAAAAUAAAUACAACCGUCUUACCACAAAGAAAUAAAACAAGUUUAAGUGAUGAUUAAAUUGACGAUUUGGCAGUUUUUUAAGGAAAAUCUGUCAGGUUUCAAUUUUAAUCAAAUAAAAUACCUACUAUAAUAAAGAAAUUAUGUAAAAAAUACGCAUUUAAAAGUGAGCGUCUUAAAGCGUAUGGUUAAAGUACCUUUAAAGUUUGUCUGGAUAUGGUUAUCUUUCUAAGGUUAAAUUGACGAUUUGACAGUUUUUCAAGGAAAAUCUCUCAGGUUAAAAAAUUAAAGCGCAUUCGACGCUUGUUUAAUAUUUUUGUGAUAAGGCCGUCAAUCUUUUUCAAUCUUUGGCUGUGACAAUUAUUUAGUUGAGAUAUGUUAAAUUUCAUUGCAAUUCUUAUAGUUUUAUUUUUAAAUAUUAUUAAUAGUUCUUAGUAUGACUUUUUUUUUAGAAAAAUGAAAGUAAAUAUUUCUAGUUACAAAAAUCGAUGACAAUAUAUUACAAGCUUAUAUGGAGUUGAGACAUAACUAUUUAUGUAUACCUAUAACAUAUUUUAUUUUGAUAGAUAGGUACUUCUUUCUAUAGAAAUAAUAUUUCCCAUUAAAAGAAAAUUUACUUACAUGGAUUUUAGCCAUUACUGAAACUAUGUGAACUUAUAUGAAUUGGUUUAAAUCAUUGCCAAUACCUUACUCAGUACCGCUCAAAUAAUUAUUACCGUUAGAAAUACAGCACCUUUUUAAAAUUAAUGUACUUAGUUAUAUGAAUGUUGGUAUUUCCAAUUCACUAUCUAAAAUGCUGACAGUAAUUAGUAAUAUUUUACAGGGACUAUUGUAUUUGAAACAUUAUAAUAAUCAAAAUAAAAUGUCUUUGUAGUGUACGCAGCUAUAAUAUUAACAUUAUACAUCAAUCUCACAAUAUCUAUAUACAUAUAUAUAAUUAUUAAAAUACAAUAUUGUAACAAAGCAUUUGUAUAUCUUGAUAGAAUAUUAGACACUAGUAAGGUUAUAUUAUACAAAAAAUUAUACCUACCUAUCUGUCGAUAAAACACACUAUGCCUUUAACGGUAAAAUACAAAAUAUUAAUAUGAAUGUAAAUUGUAUCCGAUGCAGUUCUUAAAUAAAACAAAUCAAAUUUUAAA